CAGUCCGCCGUUCCACUGUCUUGUCCACCUGUUGUUUUUGAAUCAGUCAGAGUUCGCACAGUUGAUUUCGCGGAUAAACAGAAGUGUUUGUGGAUUUUGACUAAUAACUGUACACGUGAAAGGUGAAGUGAGUUAUUUGGAUCGUACUGUCGUGUCCAUAGUAUUCGGUCGGCCGGGCAGUCUCAGUCCAGGAUGGUGGACUGAUGUUGCGCGGCGGCGGCGAUGGGCAACUCGGGCUCAGCGCAGGGUGGCGGCGGCGGCGGGGAGGCCAAGCGCGGGUGGGCCCACUCGUAUCCGCGACCUGCCCACAAGGUGCUACCGGAGCGGGUGCCGGGCCAGAGACUCAGACUCACUCACAACGGCAACAUCCUGCACAGUGGCGGCACCCUCACUGGCCGCAAGCACUCCGACCAUCAGGUACGGCCACGCAGUUCCAGUCAAGGCAGCCAGUAUGAGCCUACCAAAGUGUUAUAUGGCAGUGAGCCCGAUCUGCGGUUCACUGGCAGAGACUUUCAAAACUACAACGAUAGUCCAGCCAAACUGCGGAUCUCACGGUCUCGCAAGAAGUACAAAGCUCCACCAGCUCCACCACAUACCAAUGGAAUGGAUAGCUCUUCUCCAGACUCUUAUCAACAUUGGGAGAUGACAGGGGAGGUAGUGCCACCUGUUCGCAGAUUGAGGCUCUUUAAGACCAAAGCAGAGAGCAGCAAGCGGAAGGUGGAGGAGGGAAGCUCUCCUCACCAUCAACCUCUACCCUCCCCUGGUCCCCUACAGCGAAGUCUCUCCUCUCCACAGUUUCAGGUGGUCAGCCCGGCAGAACUUAUUGAAGCUGCAGAGAGGCUAAGGCCGGUGAGAGAACCACCGAUUGGUAAAGCUGCUGAUUCUCCAGUUCUUAGGUCAAGAGAGAACUUUGAGAAACCUUACCAAAACCAAACCAACAGUCCUAAGAACGAACGAAAUCGAACGAAAAACAACUACAUUAAUAGUUAUGAAGCUUCAAGAGAAGCUAGGAAUAAUAUAAACAAUUCUGAGAACAAGUCUAACAAUGUACAACGAAUGCAGAGGAGUGUAACGCCAAAGGACGAGAUCAUGGCUCGAGUACGAAACAGGAACAACAGGAAGAUCACAGAUCACAGGCCGAGAGGGGAUGGAGUUGGGGAGGUUAGAGCAAGAGGGGAGGGGUCGACAGGGAAGGAGUCUACGCCUGAACCUGUACCUAGGAGACAUUCAAAUCGUAAUCAUGAGAAGAAAAUAGAAAAAUCAUGGGGAGAAAUCACGCCAACAACAAAGCCAACAGCGCCUGUAAAGACUUUCUACUUCGGUAUGAACGAGGAUGACAUGCUGAACAACAGCAACAGCUCGGGAGAGGACAACCCUGAGGUGGAAAGGUUUGCGGCGAGUAUCCAGCGGCGGGCCUUGACCACUACCACUCCCCAACCCCCCGCCUUGGCCCAUCAUCAUGCUUCUGGCAGUGACAGUCUGAGUAGUGAUCCCAAUGGGGAGGAGAAUGGACCAACGAUAUCGCUGCAGCUGCGGCCUAUACUACCACGCAAACAGUUGGACAUCCCACGGUUCUCACCUACGGCAGCAUGGCGAUUAUUGUCAGCUCUAGAGUCUCCUCCACCCAGUGAAGAGGACGACCUGGUGCCCCUGGAGGACAGAAUUCCCGCCCCCCACCACAUCCACCCCGACAAGAGCGGGGACUCUGGAAUCAGUGGAGAUGCCAGCCCCCAGCACCAGGACUCUACACACAACUCCCAGGCUGCGUGGACUCCCCAGCAGGACUUGGAGGAGACUAGCUCAGAUGGUGGUUUAGAGUCAGCUCCCUUGUCUCCCGAGAGCCUUCCCCUCGCCAAGUUCUCUCCCCGGUUCUCCCUCUCACUUCCCCGAGACGACAGGCUGGCUAUAUAUUCUCAGUCAGAUAAGAUGAAGGAGGAACCAGACAGUUUCCAGAGCCUGAAGAAGCUGAAAAGGUCAAUGUCAGGGGCACUGGGCCGUGGCGUUGGCGGUGGGGUCAAGGAGACCACUAGUCUGCCGCUGGACAACAACUGGGUACUCAGCCGUAGUGUCCCCAACAGUCUCAACAAUGGCAACGCAAGCUUGCAGCGCUGGUCCUCCUCUAGUCCUUCAUCCCCUGACCAGGAGGAUGAACUGUCACUGGUAAAACAGCCAUCGUUCUCUUACCUGGCGACUGGUGGCCAUGUCAUGUACCUGCCCGAGUACUCCAUGCCCAGAUCCCAUAGGGAGAGGGACAGGACACCAGCAGCUCUGUCGCUGUCCAAGUCCUGCGAGGACCUGAGCCAGAAGGAGCAGCUGGCACCAAGUGUACUGCGUGCUCUGGAGCCGCGCGGCCGCAGUGGACGCAAAUUCACCUUCCAGAGCACAGUACGUCAAAUUGAGCGGCGUAGAUUGGCUGAGAAACUAUCAAAAGAGGCUGAGCAAAAAGAGCGCCAGAGGUUGAACGAGCUGGAGGCGAUGCGGCGGGUGGAGGAAGAGUUUCAGCGGAAGCGGGAGCGUGAAAAGGCGGACAUCCGACAUCAGCUGCGCCUCUACAGCCUCACUCAGGGACGGGCUCAGCCGGAUGGUGUGGAUGCUCCCCCGCCUCCCGCCACCCAGGUGCUCAGUGAGUUCCGCCAGCCCCGCCGUGACUACCGGGAUUACACCCCUCACAGCAGAGGGUGUGUAGACGAACCAGCUGUAGAACCUGUGAAGCGGUCCACAGUCCACCCCCAAGUUGUUUACCAGAUGCCAAAGAGUACCCAAGUGUAUGUCACCCCUCACCUUCAUUCUAACAGUGGUUCAGGUGUAGGGAGCAAUGAAGGAGGGGAUCGAGGAGGAAUGUCCACACCCAGAUCCUCGUCGUCUGACAACUACCGUCGCAACUUUGCCCAGGGGGCUCUCCCCCAUUCUCUAGUCAGUUCCGACUCCGAGGUCUCCCAGCCAAACACCAGGCCUACCUCUAGGAACCUACACCGCAGCAGGUCUGCGAGUCCUGGGCGGCGGUCUCCACCUCUCGUGACUCCAGGCGAGAUAACCCUGCACUUGAAACAGCUGAAGAUCCUGCAGCAGCCAGCCAGCCCUGUGCCCCCCUCCCCUGUCACAGCCAGUAGUCCUGAGCUCUCUAGCUUGGACACAGACAGUGGACCUCCGUCCACACAACCGUCAAGCGAACCAACCUGCCAGAUGACCACGUUGCCCGGAGCUGGGGUGCCACGCCUGGGACUCAGCGCACUCGCCCAACCAUUCGCGCGCAAUCCCAAGUCAUUUCGGCCAAUAGCAUUUAACCCGACACCGAACAAAGUUGCUCAAAUAGCCAUGUGAUGCUUAUAUAUUUAUCGUUGUAAUCAUGUAAAUUGUUUUAUCUGUUAUUGUACAAUCCUCACAUUAUAUAUGAUAUGUAUAUAUUGAGAUAUAUGUAAAUAAAAGCUAUAAUGAUUGUUAUACUGAGGUUUCGGUCAUUCUUUAACGUCUGUUACUUUUAUUAAUGUGCAAUAACAAAUUGUAGCCCUAAAACUUGUUCUUGUUUCUUUUACUAAUUACAAAUAAAUUGUCUACCUAUUUC